ACUUCUUCUCUGCACAAAAGUUUGGCCAAACAGGCCCGAAGUCCCUCUCCUCAACCUCCGGUAAGCAUUGCCGUUAUUAAAUCCAUGUGAUCAACCUCGAGCGGCAUCAGCGUCUCUCUCUUCUUGGGUUUGAUUUCGAAGUAUUGGUUGCUGUCUGCCAUGCCCAUUCAGAAUUGCAGCGGCCACUACCCAAUCUCACCGGAGAUGAGGUGGCUGUAGAAAUGAAGAAAAAUUGAGUCAUUUUGCUCGCAAUGUUGAAAUUCAUUUUGCUUUGAGGAAGAGGAAGGAGGUUUUGGCAAAUGCAGGAAACUGCCCUCUACAGUUUGAUUGUCCUUUCUGCUGAUGAUGCAUCAAAAAAUUCCUUGCAGGCUUCUGGUGUUGUAGAAUGUUCCUCCAAGUAUGUUGGUGAUCUGCUUUUCCAGCCCAAAAGGUGUAUUGUGUCUAAGUCAGCCUUUGAACUCUUGAAAUUAGUGCACGAAGCACUUAAGCCAGGAGAGAGCAUGACAGUGAAGGAUGGAGCAAAGCAGCAGAGGGAGAGGGAGUGUGCAUGGGUGUCAUCCGAUUUCCUUACAAAAAGACCGUCCUUUUACAUCGCAUUCUCUCCCAGGCAUCAUUGGAUCACAUGGGACUAAUCCAAACAGGCCCUUAAUGUACCAUAAGGUAUGUAAAUGUAAAUAAAUUAUGAACUUUAUACCUAAUUUUUUAUUGAACUUAUGAUAAGAUGAUAGAUGAAGUAACAUGUAUCAUUGUUGUCUUAGCUAAAUGAUAGCAUUGGUCGAGCUUCCUGAGUUGUCCAUUUUGCUAGUUGUUAAGGCUUACAUCAAGAAUUUUGGAUGUCCAGGUCUUAUUUAAGACUUAAAAUAGUAAAUUUAUAUUUUAGAUUCUACAGUUUUUCAUGUUCCACUUUGAAGUGACCUGCUCCCUCAUGAGCAUAUACAUGUCUCUUGGGAAAAAAAGCAAGAAAAUAAUAUCUAUGACAAGAAAAUAAUACCCACCUCUAUCUAUAUAAUGUCAGAGAUGCCAAAUGUAAGAUCUAUAUGCAUUUUGCUCCAGAAUGAAGAAAAAGACUUCUAUACAGUAAGCAUUAGAAGCUUCAGAAAUGCUAAACAGGUGAAUCUCAAUAUGUGCAUAAUAUAGAUUCGCAUAGUUUAAUACAUCAGUACAAUUUAUGAUUUUUGCCUAUAUUAAAGUACUGACUUCAGCUUUGAACGACCGAAACUAUGCAAAUAAGGAACUCAUAUAACAGAAUAAAUUGUUCCAUAUGUUUUCUUGGCUUCUUUUCAAUUUUCUUCUAUUCUUUUAAUUGUUUUUAUUUUUGUAUUUGGGGGCCAAACUACUAAAACUUGAAGCAAAACCGUUGAAAUUGAAGCUCCACAGCCCCAACUGAAACAUAAACCAAAAGUAAGUUUUUGAAGCUUGGCUACAGAGUUGUCUAUCGCAAUCUUCUUCUCAAGAUAAACGAUUUUU